GAAGGGCAGAUAGAAGCAAAAAAACGACUGACUGACAAUUUUCAUUCCGAUUUGGACAAAGUCGAGUCAAGUUUAGGAGGUGCUUGGUGAUAAGAGACAACAAAAAUUAACAUUCUAAAGUUACGAUUUGGCUUGCUUCGAUUCAGUACUUAAACAACCACGCCAUGAGUCCCACUAUCAAGAUUGGCAUCAUCGGAGGAUCCGGACUGGACGACAGUCAAAUCAUCGAAUCUCGCUCGGAGAAGGUGGUCAACACGCAGUUUGGCAACCCGUCGGAUGUGCUGAUUGAGGGCAAGAUUGCCGGAGUGGACUGCGUUUUGCUGGCCCGCCAUGGCCGGAACCAUUCCAUUAUGCCGUCGAACGUGAAUUACAGGGCGAAUAUCUGGGCGUUGAAGGAGCUCGGUUGUACGCACUUGGUUGUGUCGACGGCGACGGGUUCACUGCAGGAAAGCAUUGCACCGGGGGACAUUGUCAUUCCGGAUGGGUUUAUCGAUCGCACCACGAAGCGGGCGCAGACCUUUUACGAUGGCAGCGGAUCGCUCGUUGGAGUUUGUCACGUUCCGAUGGAGCCGGCGUUCUGCAGUCGGAGCCGCGAGGUACUUAUCGAGACGGCCAAGGAGUUGGGCAUUAAGGUGCACGAGAAGGGCACGGUGGUUACGAUAGAAGGACCGCGGUUCUCGAGCAAAGCGGAAAGCAAAAUGUUCCGCCAGUGGGGUGCCGAUCUGGUGAACAUGACACUGGUCCCAGAAGUGGUGCUGGCCAAGGAAGCGGGCCUAUGCUACGUGGCGAUUGCCAUGGCCACCGAUUACGACUGCUGGAGAGAGUGCGGCGAAAACGUGAACGUGGCGGAUGUGCUAGCAACUUUCAAGAAGAACGUCACCAAAGUUACGCAGCUUAUCACGAGCGUGAUUCCGAGACUGGCUGCCAUGGAUUGGACCGACACCAUCGAGGAACUCAAGAACACGGUCAACGGAAGCAUCAUGCUACCUCAUUCCAACUAAGAACAUACAUAUUAUCGAUUGCCACAGCACAAUCUGCAUUUCUAACGGUGUAAUUCAGUGUCAUAUUAAUUUGUACCUAGUCAAUUGCAUGCAGCAAUAUGAUUUUGACGGCAAAAUAAAGAAAAA